AUGAAGCCGGAAUUGAAGGCUACAUGGACCCCUGCCAUCAAUGUGUUGACCUUUUUUAUGCUGGUCACCAGCAUAUUGAGUGUCUUCACGCGGCUGGGCACCAAAUAUUUCAUGGUGAGAAAAUGGGGUCUUGAUGACUUUAUGAGUAUCGGUGCAAUGUUCGCCUGUGUCGGACAGUCCAUUGCUGUGUCGAUGGCGACAAAGUCCGGUCUCGGACAGCAUCUGCUUUCUUUGUCGGAUGGGCAGCGAGUGAGUAUGAUGAAAGCCCAAUACGCCGCAAAUAUUCUGUUCAUCGCCAGCAUGGCCUGCUCCAAACUUGCCCUCAUAAUGUUCAUUCGCAGCUUGACACCCGCCACGUUAGACCGACGCUUCGCACUCGGAUUGGGAGUCUUCGUUUUACUAUGGACGAUGGCGGGGGCCUUCACCGCAGCAUUCCAGUGCUCGUUACCGGACACUUGGGAUUAUCUGCAUGGGAAAUGCUUUCACUUGGUCGCUUGGUGGAACUACCUCGGGAUUACCAACAUCCUGUCAGAGGUUGGCAUAGUCGCACAGGCAUUGUUGGUCAUUCUGCGGAUCCAAGCGGACUUCCACAAGAAAGCUGUCCUGGCCUGUGUGUUUCUUCUGCGAGUCAUCGUCGUGGUCGCGAUCAUAUGUCAAUUGGCCUAUGCUCACGAGAAUGAACACACGAUUGAUCCGUCAUGGGAUACAUGGACCGUCGCCAUCUCGACCCAGAUGGCUCAGAGCUUGAGCAUUGUCACUGCUUGUUCGCCCCAGUUCAAACCUUUCCUCGAUAGCCUCCGAUCGUCUGGGAUGAGUCUUGGAGACUCGAGCUAUGAGAGCAAGCAGCGAACGUACGGUGCGACCUCGUACUACAAAUUAUCUCGCGCUGGACGUGCCGGAGACACGCGAAGCGACACCCACGAAUUGGUUUCAAUCCAUGGGGACGGCGUUAACCAUACCACUGUCACUUCAAUGGUAGACUGCGACUCGGAGAGCCAAUCGAGUCAGGCGCAGAUUAUUCGUGAGGUUCGGACAUGGACAGUCACAGCGCAACGAGAGUAG